AUCGUCUAAAGGAAGAGGCAUUUUUCUUCUUCUUCCCUCUAUAUCUUUACGGCAACAAAGGCGAGAGACCUUUAGGAUCUCGUUCUAUAUCUCAAAAUAAAAACCCUAGUUUUCAUUAAAGAUUCAUUCAAGGGGUUUACUUCUCUCUGGAUUCUUAAGUCUGUUUAUAACUGGUGAGAACCAUGGCCGGGGCUCUUGUUCAAUCGACGAAUAUCCGAGCUUCCAUAUCUUCUACAUUUGGCAAAAGUCAUGACAAGAAACAAAGAGGCAGUUCUGGACUAGCCAACAGAAGGACUGUUAAAAUGUUAUGUAAUAGUGUUCAAAUGCGAGGGUUGAGAAUCUCAGCACCAUCUUUGACAGUAGGAGGUUUUAAUGGGCUUCGAGGAACUAAUGCUAUAGAUAAGUUGGUAUUUUCUGGUCAUGAUUUUCAUUUCAAGGUGGCGAUUUCUAUAGCUGCACCUCGUGGAAGGGGUAGUCGGUGUGUUGCUAGAGCUAUGUUUGAGAGAUUCACAGAGAAGGCUAUUAAAGUUAUCAUGCUUGCACAAGAGGAAGCAAGACGGUUGGGUCAUAAUUUUGUUGGGACUGAGCAGAUAUUGUUAGGGCUUAUCGGUGAAGGUACUGGUAUUGCUGCAAAGGUUCUUAAAUCUAUGGGAAUUAAUCUUAAGGAUGCUCGUGUGGAAGUAGAAAAGAUCAUUGGGAGAGGUAGUGGGUUUGUUGCUGUCGAGAUACCAUUUACUCCUCGUGCAAAGCGUGUUUUGGAACUUUCACUAGAAGAAGCACGCCAACUUGGACAUAACUAUAUUGGCUCUGAGCAUUUGCUUCUUGGUUUACUUCGUGAGGGUGAAGGAGUGGCUGCCCGUGUACUUGAAAACCUUGGGGCCGACCCAAACAACAUCCGCACACAGGUUAUCCGGAUGGUUGGUGAAAGUACUGAUGCUGUAGGUGCUGGCGUUGGAGGAGGUAGCACCAACAGUAAGAUGCCUACACUCGAGGAGUAUGGGACCAAUUUAACAAAACUGGCUGAGGAGGGAAAAUUAGAUCCUGUUGUUGGAAGGGCAGCACAAAUAGAGCGUGUAACCCAAAUUUUGGGAAGACGUACAAAGAACAACCCUUGCUUGAUUGGAGAACCUGGUGUGGGUAAAACUGCAAUCGCUGAAGGGCUUGCUCAGAGAAUUGCAAGUGGUGAUGUGCCAGAAACGAUUGAGGGAAAGAAGGUUAUUACCUUGGAUAUGGGUCUCCUUGUAGCUGGUACAAAGUAUCGUGGAGAGUUCGAAGAACGAUUAAAGAAGUUAAUGGAAGAGAUUAAGCAAAGUGACGAGAUUAUCUUGUUUAUAGAUGAAGUACAUACUUUAAUUGGAGCUGGUGCAGCUGAAGGUGCAAUCGAUGCAGCAAACAUUUUGAAACCAGCUCUUGCAAGAGGUGAACUACAGUGUAUCGGUGCUACAACAUUAGAUGAAUAUAGAAAGCAUAUCGAGAAGGACCCAGCCUUAGAAAGACGAUUUCAGCCAGUAAAAGUGCCUGAACCCACUGUUGACGAGUCUAUCCAGAUUCUAAAAGGUCUCCGUGAAAGAUAUGAAAUUCAUCACAAGCUUCGUUAUACAGAUGAGGCCUUGGAAGCUGCUGCACGGUUGUCAUACCAGUACAUUAGUGACCGUUUCCUCCCUGACAAAGCGAUUGACUUGAUCGAUGAAGCUGGUUCUCGAGUCCGACUUCGUAAUGCUCAGCUGCCCGAGGAAGCUAGAGAACUCGAGAAAGAGCUCAGGCAAAUAACAAAAGAGAAAAAUGAGGCAGUUCGCGGCCAAGACUUUGAAAAGGCUGGAGAGCUAAGAGACAGAGAGAUGGACUUGAGGGCCCAGAUCACAAAUGUUGUUGACAAGGGUAAAGAGCUAAGCAAGGCAGAGAGUGAGUCAGGUGAUACAGGCCCUGUUGUUACCGAAGUCGAUAUUCAGCACAUUGUUGCUUCUUGGACUGGAAUCCCAGUCGACAAAGUCUCAAGUGACGAAUCCGAUAAGCUCCUUAAGAUGGAAGACACACUCCACACAAGGGUCAUCGGGCAAGAUGAAGCUGUUAAAGCUAUCAGUCGUGCAAUUCGUCGUGCGCGUGUUGGACUUAAAAACCCUAAUCGUCCUAUUGCCAGCUUCAUAUUCUCUGGACCUACUGGUGUUGGAAAGUCAGAAUUGGCCAAGACACUGGCUUCUUACUAUUUUGGAUCUGAGGAGGCUAUGAUUCGUCUUGAUAUGAGUGAGUUCAUGGAGAGGCAUACCGUCUCCAAGCUUAUUGGAUCGCCACCAGGUUAUGUUGGGUACACCGAGGGUGGUCAGCUGACAGAAGCUGUUCGCCGUAGACCUUACACAGUGGUUCUUUUUGAUGAGAUAGAGAAGGCUCACCCAGAUGUCUUCAACAUGAUGCUUCAAAUUCUUGAAGAUGGGCGCUUAACUGAUAGCAAGGGUAGAACCGUAGAUUUCAAGAACACACUUCUCAUAAUGACUUCUAAUGUUGGAAGCAAUGUGAUUGAGAAGGGAGGUAGGAGAAUUGGUUUUGAUCUAGACUAUGACGAGAAAGACAGCAGCUACAACAGGAUCAAGAGUCUCGUGCAAGAGGAGCUGAAACAAUAUUUCAGACCAGAAUUUUUGAAUAGAUUAGAUGAGAUGAUUGUUUUCAGACAGCUAACGAAGUUGGAAGUCAAGGAGAUUGCGGACAUAAUGCUCAAGGAGGUGUUCGAAAGACUCCGUAAGAAGGAAAUAGAGCUUCAGGUCACUGAAAGGUUUAGAGACAGAGUGGUUGAUGAAGGAUACAACCCAAGCUAUGGUGCGAGGCCAUUGAGGAGAGCGAUUAUGAGACUUUUGGAGGAUAGCAUGGCAGAGAAGAUGCUGGGGGGAGAGAUUAAAGAGGGAGAUUCAGUCAUCGUAGAUGUAGAUGGUGAUGGAAAUGUGACAGUGCUCAAUGGUACAUCACCACAACUGGUGUAAACAUGACUACCGGAAGAAUAAUAUUUUGUACUUCUUUAGCUUGGUAGUUCUAGGUCGUCUCCUCUUCAUUCAUUCAUUUUUUUUUAAUCCAAAAGAUAAACUGUGUGUUUUGCUAAGACUUUCAAUUUUAAGAUUGUAGCUGAUUGUAAACUAUCGAGCAUCUAGCAGAACAAAAAAACUGGUAAACAAGUUGAAAGAUGAUCAAUCCACCAACAGUAAGAUUCAGCAUGAAA